CUUUGUGGUGGUUCUCUUGUUUGACAUCUUCAGUGGUUUGUCGUUUCUAGUUUCUCGUUCGAUUUUUGUGAACUAAAUAAUUAUAAAAAUUUACUACUAAUCAUAUUUUAACUUAUCUGAAGGGAUGACGAUUUUACCAGCAAUUAGAAAAACAGGGGGAAAUGCGGAGGAGAACAAAGAGAGCAAUCAGCAGAACGGACCUUCGGAGAGAGUGAAUCGUAGAAAUGAUAUUAACUCUAAACAAAUAGCAAGUCUUUCUGAAAAUAAUGCCACUGCAAGACGUUCACCCUUUCCUUUUAAAAAUGAUCGAAAAGAACGUUUAAGGAAACGAUAUAAAGAGUCGGACCGGCCUAGGGACAGAGAAAAUGUACGUGAACAGAAACGUGAAGCAAGAAGAGAACAGAAAAGAGACAGAAUUGUAUUAAAUAAACGGGAGAUUAUUGCAGAACCACUUCAUGAAAAUAACACCAUUACUUCACCUGUGGAUAAUCCAACCACUGAAACGCCUUGCAGUAAUAGUGAAGUAGUUAGUAAGGAAGACUGUACUGGAUUUAAUAGCGAAGAUGAAUAUGACGAAAGUGUAAUUAAGGAUAGACAUCUCACCGAUGAGGAAUGGCAGAAAAGGGAUGCCAUAUUUGCUCGUUGCAUGUCAAAUUUAGGAUUUGAAAUUAAGAAUAUGAAUGAAGAUGGAGCAUGCCUUUUUCGCUCCAUAGCAGAUCAAGUUUAUGGUGAUCAAGAAUUUCAUUUUCAAGUUCGACAGGAUUGUAUGAAUUACAUUGUCCAAAAUCGGGAUUAUUUUGAGCCUUACGUUACUGAAGAUUUUGAUAAAUACGUAGCAAGAAAACGUACAUGGCAUGUACAUGGAAAUCACCUAGAAAUUCAAGCAAUGAGUGAAUUAUAUAAUAGAACCAUUGAAGUUUAUUGUUAUCAAAUUGAACCCAUCAACAUUUUCAAUUGUUCAAGAUUAAUAAACUCGUAUGAACCGAUUAGACUUUCAUACCAUAGGAUGUGCCACUAUAAUUCUAUUAGUAAUCCUAACAAACCUUCAGUUGGAGUUGGAUUAGGUCUACCAAACUAUAAACCAAUCGACAUUGAUAGAAGAAGGUUCAACGAUGCUAUCAGAGCUAGUGAAGAAUUACUUAUAGAACAGACAAUGUUAGAAGAUAAAAUAAAAGCAACUGACUGGGAGGCAACUAAUGAAGCCAUCGAAGAACAAGUCGCUAGGGAGUCAUACAUACAAUAUUUUCGGGACGCAGAGAAACGUUUAAAGGCACAGGGCCAUCCAUUGGCCAGUGGAAGUAGUUCUACGAUUACUUCUUCUAUGAUUUCAAGUCCCAGAGCUUCUAGACGUGGUUCAGUUUCACCUAAAGGAUGUCAGUCACCAGCUUCGCCAAAGAAUAGUUUUUCUCCCUUAGCAAGUCCCAGGACAUCUUUCGGAUCAAAUUCAUCAAAUAAUACAUUGACAUUUACGCCCGACUGUGCUAAUGUGGAAAAUGUGCCAGUACCUUAUGUUCCCACUAGUGAGGAGGAGGCGUUCGCAAAACGAGUAUACAACUCUCCUAGGAGAAUUGCGGAACCUGAAAUUAAUUUUAGUGGUGAAAAUUUUUCGGCUGAAUUUAAUGAACAGGCUGGACCAUCGGGAAGUAAUGGUAUAGGAUUAGAAGAUUUUGAUCAAGAAAUAAUGGCUCGGGUUCUAGCCGAAUCACAGAAAACUUAUUUAGAUGAAUUAAAGCACAAGUCUAAAAAACGCAACGGUUCGCCGGGACCAUCAACUUCUUCGUAGUGUAAGAUUUUACCUUGUCGGAUACCACGUACCAUUUCUAACAUUUUUCUUAAUAAUAGCUUUGUUUAAUGUUACUUCGUUAUGGCAAUUUGCAAUUUGCAAUAUAAUUAUACCACUAUUUAAUUUUCUUGCGUUGAGCAUUAAACAAGGUUUAUUAAUUUCCAUGUCCGUUAUGUAACCUACAUUUAAUAUAGACUUGAUAUUUUAAAAGUUUCACUUACUCUUUGUUCUGUUGUGGGGAUAGAUUUGUGUAUUUUUUUUAAUUAUGGUUUUCAUGCUUGCUUUAAAGUGAUAAAUUUAAUUCUUCAUCGUUAGACCUUCAUAUGAUGUGAGUAAAAAUUAUAAUAUAUUUCAAGAUGAUUUUUGUGUAGCCAACAAAUUAUCCUGAUAUUUGUAUAGCAGUUUAUUUGUCAGAUGAAUAUAUAUGAUAUGGAGAGGAAUGUUGGAGGGAUACACCAUAACGAAACCUCAUAUUACAUUUUUAUGUAGUUCAGUUGUAGCUUAGCAGCUACUCUUAUUAGUUUUAAAUAUUUAUAGUGUACUACUUGUGAUAUAAAUUUAUUGAAUUUAAAAUUUUAAUUAAGUCGUGUAUUAUAUCGAAUUAGUUACAUGUAAUUAUUUUGUAGUAUUAAUUAA